UUGGUGGAUCCCAGCCUUCCUGAUUACAUGAUGUUCCAGCCAGACUUACAAACAAGCAUCUUAAAAAAGCGUCUGUCUGGCCAACCUGCUCAUCUGAUCAAGAAAGUUCAAGCCAUAAAUUCAGACUAUUCUAACCCAGAUUACCAUAAGGGUCACUUGAACCCAAACGCAGAUCACCCUCCUGGGCCAGGACAAGAAGCCACUUACACCCUCGCCAACGUGGCUCCCAUGUAUGGGAGCCUGAACUGUGGAAAAUGGAGGGCAAAUGAAGAGCAAGUGAGGAAGAUAUCCGAACAGUGUGUAACAAUGUAUGUAGUUACUGGAGCGGUGCCCGGAGAUAAUUGGAUUUUAGAUAAAGACAAAGAAAAAAGGGUUAACAUUCCCAGCCACAUCUGGAGCGCGUUCUGCUGUCUAGACAACAACAAACGGCCAAUCAGAGCAGAGGGAUCCCUG